GCGCCCCGCCCCAUUGGGUCCCGGAUGUCUGUCACUCUCUAACUAUCUACACUCUCUGUACCGCUCUACUAGAAGCUUCUGGUUGUCAUGAUCACAAUAUCCCAAGAGAAUGCCAAUCAUCUAACUAUAAAACCCUUAAUCACUGACUCUUCUGCUCAAUUUUUGUGCAUUUUCGAUCGAUCAUAAAAUCCUUGGAUUGAAAACGAUGUUUCUGAUAUAUUGAUUCUGCUUUAAAAACGAGAAAAAGGAAUAAUUCAUUCAAGUUUUCUUGAAAUUAUUUAAGAUUUCAAGGAUGGGAGAUAAACUCCCAAUUGUUCAAGUUGUCAUUCAACUUGUAACAUUGAUUGCUUCCAUUUACUCUCAUUGGCAAUUUAUCAAAGUUGCUGUAGUUCGGACAUACUUCUUCACAUUCACAAGGGGCCAAUUGGGUACAAUCAGUUGUGCAUACGUACUCAUUACAUUUGGAACAUUCUUCAUGGCAAUUUGUAAACUGAUUCCUGAUACUGAAGAGAUUCAGAGAAAAUUUGAGAAUGUCAAUGUAACCAUGGGAUUUAUCAUCAAUUUCACCACAUUUUUCUACUUUCUCGAUGCACACAUCGGACUCUACAAAAAAAUGUUCGAAAAAGAGGCCACAAAAAGUUUCAUGCUAGUCUUUUUCACAAUGGUAGUUGCGUACAUCUGCUUCAUUAUUCCUGAAUUCACUCAUCAUGGCAAUCUAUUCCAAUAUUCGGAUGAGAUUUCUAUUGGAAUGUGCUUGAUAAACAUCGUCAUGAACAUUUUUGUACGUGGCGGGAAGAAGGUAGCUAUGGAAAGAGAACUGGGAAAACAAACAUUGAAAGUGAGAUUCCAGAUUUCGGAGGCAAUUGAAAACUGCAGAGUGAUGUUCUAUAUCACUACAACACGUUUUCUGAUUCUUCUCUGCUGGAUCAUCUUCAUCUACAUUCCAUCGGAUCUUACAGAACCAUUCCGUUCUUUUGCCACUGUAAUCUUUGAAAUUCUAAAAAGCAUCGAAGCGAUUGUGUUCCCUUCCGUGUUUCUUCAUUUUCAUGAUCGCAUUGUUCGUCAUAUUUUCUACCUGGCGACAAAAGACCUGAAAGACCCUCCAACUCUUGAACCAAGGCCAAGAUUUGAUGGAUCCAAACUUCUUGCUGAAAUGUCUCAAACGGAAACAAUUGAUUCAAUGAAGAAAAGUUGGGAGAAACACCACAAAAAGUUCAUGAAGGAUAACAAACGAAAUGUACCUAGUACGAGCAAUCAAAUAUUAUUGGAAGACGGCUCACGCGAAAUUUUGGAAUAAUUAAUUAGCCGAUUGCCCUGUCACUUCUGUCAAUUUUUGUAGAAAAUGCUGAGUGCACGUAAUCCGGUUUCCUGUUUUCUUCUGAAAGUCAUUAAAAUGUUUUUUAAUAUUCAAUUUAGAGAACCAUCUUUCUCAAACAAUUGUUUUUUAAACAUAUUAUAUUUAAGCUCCAAUCAAAUAACAUAUAUUUACCUCUAUCUCUUUUUUGUCACCUCAUUUAAAUUGAACACUUCCUCUAUCUCAUUUUUAUUUAUGUGAUAAAAUACCGUUUUAUUGUGAUUGCGUCAAGCGAAAAAUAAAACCGAAUUACAAAU